UACAGAGUUUUUCACAGAGUGCUGAAGGGGGGUGCAUUUAGUGCAGAAGAUAUACAAAUUGCACUUCCUGGCUGGAAUGUAAAAGUGCAAGGGGAUCUGUAAGAUACAAUUUUACGAUCCGAUGUCUAUUGGGAAGCAGAAUUUUCUCCAAGCUCUCAGUAUAUGCGUGUGUGUUUGUGAAACUGUCUUCAGCUAUAUGCAAUUGUGAACGUGUGUGUGGACGGUGGAAAAAUGAGGAAAGGAGGAGUGAGUUCUCCCUUCUUUUUCGAAUUUUAAACAGUACAUCGCGAGCUUUGCAGUUUGUUGUAUAUCGCGCCGUGGCGGCAUCGUUUUCCUCUCUUUUGCGCCGAGACAAAGCGGAAGGAACGAAGAAAUUUUCACAAAUUGUGUAUAUAUAUCUCGUAUUUAUAAAAUCGAAAAUUAUUUUUGGUCCUAAUGCUUUUAAAACGGUGGGGGAUAAUUAUAAAGUCGUUGUGAGUACUCGUGGGUAUUUUUACAUUGUUUUGGUUAUAUUUUUGGGUUCAUAAGCGUGGUGGUUUUUUUGACUUUUCCUACAAACCACACGAAUAGAUGAUUGGCAGGAAAUGCACCUGCAUUCCACACCUUGAGACAAUGGAGUGACUGUUUUUUUCGCAUAAGUGAAUUAUUCGGAUAAGUGAAUUUUAGCAUAGUUACGGUAAAAAGUCAAGACUGUAAAUGCUCCAAGACUCUUUUAAAAUGACUGUGAAUCUUACAGAAGGCGGACAGUAAAGUCUAAGGAAAUUGCUAAAGUGAGCUGCAUUUGGUGAGGCGAAAGGGUGAUUUUGCCGUCCAGCGUUGAAAAUUUAUCUUUCUGACGUUGUUUAGUGGAGGAAACUCGAAGACAUUUGUGACCAUUUAUUCGUCAAAAUUGCGGCCAUGGGUAGGAAGAAAAUUCAAAUUUCCCGAAUCACCGAUGAACGAAACAGACAAGUGACAUUCAACAAGCGCAAAUUUGGCGUGAUGAAGAAAGCAUAUGAAUUGUCGGUGCUGUGCGACUGCGAAAUUGCUCUCAUCAUCUUCUCCAGCAGCAAUAAAUUGUACCAAUAUGCCAGUACGGAUAUGGACAAGGUCCUCCUCAAGUACACCGAGUACAAUGAGCCACACGAGUCUCUGACCAAUAAAAACAUUAUCGAGGCGCUUACCAAGAAGGAGAAUAAGAACGGAGUGAUGUCACCGGAAGCGGAGGAGCCGGAAGCUGAGUACAGCCUGACACCACGCACAGAAGCCAAAUACAACAAGAUCGACGAGGAUUUUCAGUUGAUGGUCCAAAGAAAUCAGCAAAUUGCCGCCGGCGCGCGUGUCAACAUGUCCGGCAGCAACUAUGCCCUGCCCGUGUCUGUGCCAGUGGCCGCUGGGGCGUACAGUGGCGAGGCGGGAAUGCUCCAGGCGAGUCCUCAGAUGGCCCACACCAACAUUAGCCCGAGACCAUCGAGCUCAGAGACGGAUUCUGUUUAUCCCUCCGGAUCGAUGUUGGAGAUGUCCAAUGGAUACCCACACUCCACAUCACCACUGGGCGGCUCUCCGAGUCCGGGUCCUAGUCCAGGAUUAGGUGGGCAUCACAUUAAUAAACCGUCACACCAUCUGUCUCACAAGCAACAUUCACCAGGACCAAAUAGAUCCAACUCCAAUUUGCGCGUUGUGAUCCCCUCACCGCUCACGCCCAAUCACAUGACGGCGCCGGACGACGUGAGUUACGCCGAAAAUGCGCCAUAUCUUGUUCUUCUAUCGCAGCACAACCGCCAGCCGUCCUCGACGCUCAACACACCCGUUGUGGCGCUCCAGACACCCAUACCCGGCCUCUCGGGCUAUCCCACGUUGAGCUCCUUCGGCGCCCAAGACUUCUCGAUGACCUCCUCUGACGUGGGCAUGUCGCUCUCCACGUGGAAUACCGCCCACCAGAAUCUGGGAACGGUGCAGCACACGAGAAGUGUGCUGUCUUGCAGUGGACUCCCUCAUUUAGCCAUAUCCAACAGUACCCCGCCGCCAUCAACAUCACCCCUGUCAAUUAAGGUGAAGUCUGAGCCGGUCUCGCCGCCACGGGAGCACCAUCCGCAUGGCGGAAGUGGCCUCGGGCAGAACACCAUCUCAGUCACGACCAUGAGCGGCGCUUCAGCGGCUGCCGUGACGUCAGUGACGUCCAACAUGGCAGCGCUGGGGCACCAGCAGCAGCAUCUCAUUCUGACGUCGCGGCCCAACUCCACGGGACAUCUCACACCAACGCCAGGAACGGUGACACCGACGAAUGCACCCUCGCCAGUGUCAGAUCUUCGCCACAGCGCGGGCGGCAGUGCGGGCAUGUCAUCGCAUUUGCCAGACUACGAUGCACCCACGAAUGCCCACAAGCGCCCCCGAAUAUCGGAGGGGUGGACAACAUAGCUGGCGGACAUGGAGGACAGCAUGAAUUUCUACAUCACCGGAAGGCAUGAGGGGAAUUUCCCGAAUUGCGGAAACAGCGUCAUUGUUCUAAAAUGAAUUUUCAUCUCAUUGGUUUCUUCAGUUUGUACUGCACUCUUCCAAUCAGUCACAGAGGUAAAGAGAGACAAUUUAUACCUGGAGGAGAUCCUGUGUCAUAUUAAAAAGGAAAAGAAGUUAUUUAACCUUGUGGCAUGGACAGCAAAUGUUCAUUCCACGAGUCAAAUGUACGGAUAAUGUGCAAUAUAAUUAAAUGGAUGAGAAAUGGAAAAAAAAUAUCAGUAGGUUUAUUUGUAAAAAGAAAAAUGAAAUUGUGAAUGGAGGAAUAGGAAAACUGCAAUUCCUCUGAAAAUAUAUGCACACACACACAUUCUCAAAUCACUAAAGAUUUUAUCACAAUUGUAUAAGAGAAGAAUAUUAGAAAAAGUGCCAUGAAAAAUUUAGAGCGGUGAAACAUUAUAUAAAAAGGAGCUAUUUAGAAGAGUGUCAUAGAAUAUUUUUAAAGAAAACAAGAGGAAAAAAUAUGAAUAUCAAGUCCGCCCUUUAUAGUCACAUGUUGAGAAGAAAGAUGAGAAACAAUUACGUAGAGGAAGAAGUACACAUGAUAAUUGUAAAAAGUACCAGAGUAACGGUUUUUAUUUCUUGAUGAAGAAGCUCUUAAUACUCCGAGCCGUUAAGCAAGUUACAUUUUACCGUAAAGGAUUGAGACUAUGUAUUUCUGUAAAUAACGAAUGGGAAGUGACACGUUUCAUGAUCCCCGAGUGAAUCAUUGAGAAUGGUUCUGUACAAGUUUCCUUUUUAUUAUUUCUCGUGCAAUGUACUUAUUCGAAGAUUUUUUUUUUACUUUGCAAUUACUUUACUAAAAUGUGAGGAAAUUAACCAAAAUAUUUGCACACGAAAAUAGUCUUUUUUUUUAA